CGCGACGGCGCCUGCGCACGUCAGUAUGCUGUCCGCGGGCCACCGCGGUCCAGUCCUGUUACAUCUGCGGCGCCUCUGUAGGCGGCCAGUGAUCGCGACCUGCCCGUUACUGCGUGGACUUGGACAAGAGCCCUUCGAGAGAGCCCGGUCACUGUGUCUCAAGUCCUCUCAAAGAGAAGCGCGAGAUGGAGAGGGAGAGCUCAAAGCGACACCAAAGAAAGUCCCCAGCGCAGAGUCGCCUCCAUCUCUCCCUCCGAGCGUCCCUGGCACUGGGACCAGAUGUCAUUCAUCCCUGGAAUGCCUCAGACUGCCGACGCCUCCAGAGGAGUCAACCGCUCGAGAGCGCGAGGACUCGAGGGAAGAUCAGGGUCAGGCCAGCCCCGCAUGCCGGGGAUCCGGGACUCCCUCUCUAUCCGCCCUGGUCCAAGAACUUCCCGUCCCCUCUUCCUGGUCUUCCAGAGAGGAGCCCUUUCGGGCUGGGGAACUGGUUUUAGCUGAGAUCGGGAAGAGGGAAACACAAUUUAAAAAGUUAUUUAGGUUGCACAAGGCCGGGCAUUUAAACAGUACCUGGGGGGCAGUCCCGUUCAGCGACAUCGUGGGGAAGUUCCCUGGCCAGAUACUAAGGAGUUCCUCUGGUAAGCACUUCAUGCUGAAGAGGCCGGCAUUGGAAGACUAUGUAUUACUAAUGAAGAGAGGUCCUGCCAUAACGUAUCCAAAGGAUGUAAAUAUGAUGCUGUUGAUGAUGGAUAUUCACCCAGGUGAUACUGUUUUGGAAGCUGGCUCGGGUUCUGGUGGAAUGAGUUUGUUUUUAUCUAAAGCAGUUGGAUCAGAAGGACAAGUCAUAAGUUUUGAAAUACGAAAAGACUACCAUGAACUGGCUAAGAAGAAUUACAAACACUGGCGUGAUUCAUGGAAAAUUAGUCAUGUAGAAGAGUGGCCAGACAAUGUGGAUUUCAUUCAUAAAGAUAUUUCAGGAGCAACUGAAGACAUAAAAUCUUUAACACUUGAUGCGGUAGCUUUGGAUAUGUUGAAUCCUCAAGUUGCUUUGCCUGUUUUAUAUCCACAUCUUAAACAGGGUGGUGUAUGUGCUGUAUAUCUAGCAAACAUCACACAGGUUAUUGAACUUUUAGAUGGAAUUCGCAUCUGUGAACUUGCUCUCUCAUGUGAAAAGAUAAGUGAAGUCAUUGUCAGAGAUUGGUUGGUUUGCCUUGCAAAACAGAAAAGUGGGAUUUUAGUUCAAAAAGUACAACCUCAAAUCAAUGUGGAUUUACAAUUACAUUCUCAAAAGAAAAGUAGAAUUGAAGGAGAGAUGUUUCAAGAGGAUGACGAUGAAGAAUCACAUUCUGAUUUUCCAUAUGGAUCAUCUCCCUAUAUUGCUAGACCUAUACACUGGCAAACUGGUCAUACAGCUUUUCUUGUCAAGUUGAGGAAGUUCAAACCACAACUUAACUGAGUACUUCAGAUGACAGCAACUGAUUUGAAGACAGAAAAGUAUCAAAAUACAACUUUAUAUUGCAAAUCAUUACGUUCAUAGAUUGGUACUUUUAGCCAUUACUAUGAUUUGUAUAACUUUCCCAUACAAUUUUGAAAAAUAACAAAAGCUAAAGAAAGAUGUGUAACAUUUCAAAACUGUUUAAAUGUCCCAUUUUGACACCCGUCUUGUAGUUAGACAUAUUGUCAUUAAUGAUUCCGAGUUGGUUUAGUUGAGCCAUCUCAUUCUUCACUUCCUGUAAACCACUCCAUAGAUUUGUCUUUCUUCAUGAAAUUAGUUUUCUUUUCUUUGUUUGAUUGAUGGUCAUUGGCUACUGGAAUAAAAUAUGCAUUUUAAGAUAAA